AUGUCGAGCACGUCGGCCAAGCGUCCUUCGACCAAGCGCGCCCAUCCUAAGUACAGCGAGAUGGUCGCCGCCGCCCUCAGGGCCCUCAAGGAGCGCAACGGGUCCUCUCGCCAAGCCAUCCUCAAGUUCAUCCUCGCUUCCUUCCAGGUCGGGGACGAGAAGGCCGCCGGCGUGCACCUGAAGCAGGCGCUGAGGAGAGGAGUCGCCAGCGGGUCCCUGCAGCAGACCAAGGGCACCGGCGCCUCCGGCUCCUUCAGACUUUCCAAGGAGGAGCUGAAGAAGUCUGCGCUCAAGAAGAAACCCAGCGCUAAGACAGCAACAAAGAAACCCGGCGCUAAGACAGCAACAAAGAAACCCGGCGCUAAGUCUGCAACAAAGAAACCCGGCGCUAAGACAGCAACAAAGAAACCCGGCGCUAAGUCUGCAACAAAGAAACCCGGCGCUAAGUCUGCAACAAAGAAACCCGGCGCUAAGUCUGCAACAAAGAAACCCGGCGCUAAGUCUGCAACAAAGAAACCCGGCGCUAAGUCUGCAACGAAGAAACCAACAACAAAGAAGGCGACAGCAAAGAAACAGAUUGUCAAGAAAAUAGCAACAAAGAAACAAAACACAAAGAAUGGGAAGAGCUAA